AUGCAAGCAACAAAUACUUAUUCUACCUUUUAUGAUAGUUUUGUGGCUGCCAUCUUUCAUGCUUAUAACAAUCAUCAGCUUUUGCGCUUGAGUCCUGAUGUUUGGCUUGCAAUUGCUCAAGAUGUUAGUCAUCACAUUAAUUACAAUGCCGAAAAAUUUCGUUCAAGAUUUGUUAAUCAUGAAGGAAAAAAAGAUAUUGUAGUACCGAGCGCAGAUAUUUUAUACGAAACUUCUCAUUAUACUCUUGAAGCAAGUCGAAUUGUAUUAUUGGAUACAGUUAAAAUCUACUUUAAACAUAUUGCGAUGUUGGUAUGUGGAAUUCCAAAAGUUACUCUUGAAGGCACUCUCGAAGAUUGGAUAAAGAUUCAAAAGAAAGUUAUACAGUUAAGAAAAUUAAAUUUAGAAUUAGAUUUUUGGCUGGAUCGUCUAGACUCUGUGAUUUGGAAUUUAGUAGUCACUUACCGUGGUGAAAUUGACUAA